AUGAAUAAAUACACUUUAAGAUUUAAUAAUCCAAAUCUUGAGCAAUAGUAUUUUGCAGAUCAAUUUAAUGAACUCUUUAAGUUUUACACCUGGGCUUGCAUAUUAGGAACUAUAAGUGCCAUAUGUGUAUUUUGCAUGGAGUUUUUUCAGCCUUUUGGAUUUGGGCCAUUAAAGUACGGAUUGGGGUUGAUUCCAAUUAGCUUUUAUAUAAGCCAUAAAAUUGUAAGAAAGUACCCUGACCUAUUUAAUAUAAUUCUGGCCUUUACAAAUUUUUUGCUCGGGGUGAUGAUCUACUUUUUAUUGUUUGUAUUCGCCAAUUCUAAUGUUCUAUUUUUGGCUGGGUAAACGGUAGCUAUGGUUUAAUAUAGUUUAAUGUUAGGAUCCAACAUAAUUGCCAAAUUUGCAAUUUUAUUGCUUAAUUAAAUUGGAUUAAUGAUCAUGUGCACAUACGUUUAGGAGUUUUUUAAUUCAUUACAACUAAUGUUUAUUUUAGCUUUGUUCUUGGUUCUGAAAUCACUUUGGAUAUAAGAGAAAAUGAAACGGAUGUUUUUUCUGCUCAAAACCGAAGAUACUCAAUUACAACAAUCUCUAGAUAAUGUAUUUCAAUUCAAAAUUAUUUAAUGCUCCUUCAACGAGGAAAUAAAUGCAUUUUAGCUUUUACAUGUAAAUAAGUAGGCUACUUAAUUAAUUAAGGAUUAAGAAGAUUUUACAACAUUAAUAAGAAAUUAUAAAGUAGUCACUUUUCAACAUUCAAAUCCUCUAAAACAUGAUUCUGAAUAAACAAUUAGUGCUCUAGCUUAAUUGAAGUAAACCUUAGAAUAAGUGUUGCUUAAAACAAUCAAGGAAAACAUAAGUGAAACAUCAGCUGAGAUCUCGUCUCAAAAAUUCAAACAAAUUUACAAAGUAUCUUUGUAAAAUUGUUUAAAUAAUGGCCAUCCAAGAAUAAUCAUUUUACUUCAGGAAGAUACUCAAUGCAAAAAAAUGAUAUAACUGAAGAAGAAAAACUAUAGAUACAAAUUUUUGAAUCACCAUUUAUCUAAUUGUUUUGAUAAUUCUCGUUUGUCCUUAGGCUACUUGAAAUGCUUGUUGAAUCAGUAAUAGUUAAUAAAUAAAAAUCAAUAACUAAUUUUAAAAAGGUCUAUAUAAUUUCUAUACAAGACUAUAUUUGGAUACUAUAAUAUGAAAUUAUUUAUUGGUACUACUAAAUUUGGAGACUUGAAGGAUUUUCACUUUUCAUAACUUUUUAGUGACAUUUAAUAGAUGUGGGGCAUAUACGAUCCAAAAUAGGAGAUGGAAAUAUAUUUCAAGCAAGGUUAAACUCAAUGCUAUUCUAAUUAUGCAAUGAUUCUUCAGUUAAUUUUAAAUGUGAUUGUUAUCAACAUUAGUUAAUUAGAUUGUUAGAAAAUCUUUGUUACUGUUAUUAAAAAUUAAAUUGAAGGAGUUGAAGUGGUUUGUUGUUUGAUUACAUUUAAGACAGAAUAUAAUUAAUUCAGACAAUACUAGACAAGAGAAUAAAGAUAUUUGAAUAUAAUUUUGGAGAAGGUGAAUAAGAAAAUCUUACAGGAAAUAUGUUUAACAUAAGCAAUGUGUAUUAUAAACAAUAAAAGCGACAGGAGGAUUGAAUUUAAUGUAAUAUAAAAUCUGAACGAAUUUAAAUUGAACCUUGAACACACUGAUUAAUUAAAUACUAUUGUGAAUAUUUGA